AUGUCUGGUCGCGGUAAAGGAGGGAAGGGUCUGGGGAAAGGCGGCGCCAAGCGCCACAGGAAGGUGCUCCGAUGUCGUCUAUGCUCUCAAACGACAGGGACGCACCCUCUACGGAUUCGGAGGAUAAAUCCUCAUAACCCCCCCCCCCCCGGCAUCUCGUCCAAGGCCAUGAGCAUCAUGAACUCCUUCGUCAAUGACAUCUUCGAGCGCAUCGCCGGCGAAGCUUCCCGCCUGGCUCAUUACAACAAGCGCUCCACCAUCACCUCCCGGGAGAUCCAGACCGCCGUCCGCCUCCUCCUGCCUGGAGAGCUGGCCAAGCACGCCGUCUCCGAGGGCACCAAGGUCGUCACUAAGUACACCAGCGCCAAGUAA